CUGCUCUUUUGUUUUCAAACCCACUAAAAUAUCCACAUUCAUCCACUCAGGGCUAUAAACAUGGCUGACGGAUUAACCAGAGAGGAUAUUAUCCUUCAAAACCUUGGGGACGACAGGUCUGAAAGUGGUAAUGUCGAGGAGGAUGAGAGGGACCGAGCGCUGGGAGAGGAGGAUGACGGGCAAAGGGGUCAUGAGGGCUCUAGCGAGCCAGGAGAAAAUGACAAUCAAGGUGUCGGAGAGGAGGUGGAGAAAGAAGAGGUCAAAGAUGCUCAGCAGGAACAUGGGGCCGAUGGAGAGGCUGCCGAGAAAUCAGCGGAAACCUCAGUGGAGGAAGUUACGCCGGAGGACAAUGGAGACGCUGCCGCCGAUGCUGUGCCCCAAGUCAAAGGCGGUGACGAUGAAGAGCCUGUAGAGAUGGCAAAGGAGGUUGACCUUGAGGACAAGAAGGAAACUACCACGGGAGUCAGAAAGGUGCUCAAAAGCGGCGUUUUCGGUGAUGCUCCCAAGCCUACACCGCUUCCCAAGGCAGCUGCAGGUGUCGCUUCCUCUGCCCGACUCUCCCGUCCUUCUCUUGCUCCCGUUAGGCCUGGCGCUGCCGCAACCAAGACUACUGCGCCCUCAACUUCAAAGCCUGCUUCCGGCUCUGCUGCCACUACUUCAGCUGCUGCCAGGAAGACUGGUGCUUCAAGAGCGUCUGCACCUGCUAUAUCCGGCGCUAAUGGAACUAUAGCCAGACCCACAACCACAACGGCGACGUCCAGCACUCGACCGAGGACCACGACCGCUGCUUCUGACAGGACUACAUCUUCUGGUACUGCUCGCCCAGCGACUACAUCUACGACCAGUACAAUUGCGGCGCGUGCUAGAGCAGGUAUGACCAAACCUUCAGUCCCUACUGCAGCUUCUGCUCGAACAGCUGCUCGUCCCACAUCUUCUACUACCGCUCGCCCAACCCAUCCCACCACUACAAGCACUCUCGCCAGAAAGCCUGAAACCAAGCCUGCGAGCUCUACCGCUACCGCUACUCGCACUACCAGGCCUUCCGUCACCUCUACCACUUCUACUGCUACGCGUGCACCACUGGCUUCUCAAAGGACAAGUGCCUCUGCUGCUGGAACUACUGCCGCGAGGACAGGUGUGACUAGACCUUUGGCUGGAAGGGCUAGUAUGGCACCUACCGCUUCUUCGUCACGAGCAGCAACUGGUGUACCACCCAAAGUCAGAGCAGGUUCUGGUCCUAGUACGCUUGCCUCCGGUGGGAAGGAGGUGACCGUGCUCAAGGCCAAGGUUGAGGAGCUGGAGAAGAACAUUGCGGAUGAGAAAACCAAGUAUGAAGAGAAGAUUGCCGCUUUGGCUCAGGAGAAGGUUGAUCUGGAAGAAUGCCAUGGGAAGGCUUUGGAAGAACUUAGAGCAGAGCUUGCAAACGCCACCGAUAAGGCUGGCUCUGAUGCCGAGGGCAAGAUUGCCGAGCUUACCGCCUUGCACGAGACUCAACUCAAGGAGGCCGAGGAAGAACGCAAUCGGCUCAUGAUGGAAAUGGUCUCCAAGCUUCAAAAGAUGGGCGCUGAGUACUCGUCCAUUCAAACCCAGCUUCAAUCCGCUCGAUCUGAACUCACCUCGUCCGAAAACGAACUUUGCUCGCUCAAGUCAUCCCUCCAAACUGCUCAAGACGAACUCUCCCGACUCCGCACUACCGCCUCUGACAGAGACACUGCUUUUGCCGAGCUCGAAUCGUCCAAAGCUUCUCUUCAAACUCGACUCGAUGAGCUCGAAACCAUCAGAAAUUCUUUGGAAACGAAGCUCGCUGAGGGAGAGGGGGAGGCGGAUAAGUCUUUGGCAGAUGUUGCUGGGCUUGGAGAUAAGGUGAAGGAGCUCGAGGACCAGAUCGUGGAGCUUGAAAAUAAGCUGGGGAGUGAAAAGGGUGUGUGGAAGCAGGAAGAGGUCAAGUGGCAGGAGAUAAAAGCGGCGCUGGAAAAGGAGAUUGAGGAUCUCAAGAAUGCCGCGGAAGGCCAUGCCGAAGGACUUUCGAGGGCGUCUAGCAGUGCUGAAGCGAGCAAAGAGGAACUUGGCGCUCUUCGUAUCGCCCACGAACAACUUACAACCACCUAUGCCGGCCUUGUUGAAGCUUCGUCCCGUCAUCCCGAGGACGUUGAAAACCUCCAGCGACAACUGAAAGAAGCGACUGACAAGCAUGGAGCUCUUCUUCUCGAAGCGUCGUCCUCAACAAACGACCAAAGUGCCGAGUUGAAGGCCCAAAUUGAAGAGUUGAAGAAAGAGAAGGAAGAGAAAGAGAAGGAGGUUGAGGAAUUGAAGGGCACUUUGGAAGAGGUUGAGCAGGAAGUGGAGUUGCUGAAAAAUGCGAGAAGAGAGGGUGAGGAGAGAGAGAGGCAAUUGAACAAGAUUAUCGCUGGUCUUGAGGCCGAAAUUGUAGAGUUGAAGGCCGAGUUUGAGGAUCGAUAUACCGCUGGGUAUGAAGAUGCCAAGCGAGCCGCUGGCGAAGAACACCACAAGGAACUUGCUUCCAUCCGCUCAGAGAUUUCCGUUACCCACUCGCGACUCCAGGACGCCCAUACCGCCGAACUCGAAUCUCUCAAAGCUUCCCAAUCUACGACGCUUGCCACUCUCAACGCGGACCACAGCAGCCAAACGUCUGCGCUUGGAUUGUCUCUCCAAGCCGCCAAUGCCCAAGUGGAGCAGGAUCAAGCCAAGUUGGAGUCCGUUUCUGAGGAGAGGGAUGCGCUUGCCGAACAAGUAGAGAGGUUGAAGGCCGAGUUGGAGGGCGCUAGUGCCAGGGGCGAUGAGGUUGAUCCCGAGGUUGAGGCCGAGUUGAAAAAGGUCAAGGCGGAGCUGCAGCAUGUCUCUGAUGAACUUGCUGGUGCCCUCGAGAUGUCUGAGAUGAACAAGGCCCACUUUGAGCAGACGCUCUCGACUAUGCAAGAACAACAGGCCGAUGAGGUUCGAGCGGCGGUAGAGGGCCGAGAAAAGCAGUACGCACAGGAGAAGGCGCAGUACACCAGCGAGGCGGGAGAAUUGAGGGCGGAGAUGGAGAAAUUGAAGAUUGAGCUGAAUGAUGAAAAGGCGGAGAAGGAAAGUGUGUUGGCCAGACUUGCUGAGAAAUUGGGCGCUCCUUCUACACCCCCUCGAGCCGAGAUUGUCAGCUCUCCUUCAUUCGCCAGACUGCACGAAGCACACAACGCCAAGGUAACUGAACUGGAGAGUGAGAUUGCGCGACUCAAGGCAGAGCUUGCUGGAAAACCGGUCAUCGCUUCUGAGCCGGUAGAAGAGUACGAAGAUGAUGAGACUCUUACGUUCUGAUUUGGGUAUACGAAGAAGAAACAGACGGGUUAUUGUAGGAGGGACAUUGCUCAACGUGUCAUCAUCUUUUUACGAGGGUUAAUGAGUAUCGAUCUAGUUCUUGCUUCAAGAGUGUGUAGUUGAGACCAAAGGAAAUAAAAUCAAUAUCUACAAGUUUCAUUCUGCUUAUGCAUGUCCAUAG